AGCUCCCCCGCCAUUUGGCUAAACAAGUAGUGGCAAUGCUAUGCCUCACAAUGCUUCUCUCUACUACUUAGAUUUUCCCUUUAGCAUUUUCCGUAUUAAAGGGUUUUUCUUUCUUUCUUUUGGUCCUUGGGUUUUUAAAUUAAGGGAAAAAAAUAAGCAAAACAUGGGACAUGGGCAACAGCAUCAGGGAGGAGGAGGGCAGAUUGUGGAAGUGAAACUCGAGAAAAGCUGUGAAAAUAAACAAGAGAAGGGAGCAAAGGAUUCAAAUAAAGGGAAAGAAAUUGUGCUGAAAGUUUAUAUGCAUUGUGAAGGAUGUGCUGCCAAGGUUUUCCAUUGUUUGAAAGGUUUUCAAGGCGUUGAACAAGUUAAGACGGACAUGAACGGUGACAGAGUGAUUGUGAAGGGACAAAAUGCUGAUCCUUUGAAGAUUUUGGAAAGAGUUAAGAAGAAAUAUAGUAGAAAUGCUGAGCUCAUUUCUCCCAAACCAAAGCCCAAAGCCACUGAUAGAAAGCAGGCGCAAAACAAACAAGAGCCUCCAAUUAAAUUUGUUGUACUUAAAAUGUACAUGCACUGUGAAGGCUGUGCAAAUGAUAUUAAGAGAAGUAUAGAAAGAAUGAAAGGAAUCUUAAAUGUUGAACCGGAUAUGAAGAAUUCGACAGUGACUGUUAGAGGAAAUUUUGAUCCACCAAAACUUGUUGAAACCAUCACCAAACAAUUUGGAAAGCACGCAGAAAUUGUUGCUCAGGGGCCCACCGACAAGGCAAAUGGAACGGGCAAGAAGGGCAAAGAAGAAGAGAUCAGAUUCCAUUAUCCUCCACAAUAUUCCCUACAACAUAUUUAUCCCACUCAAAUUUUUAGUGAUGAAAAUAUUUUCUCAUGCUCCAUAAUGUAAACCGAAUUUCUGAUGCAUGAAUUUAUAAAUAAACUUAUAUUCUAUGAUGAAAAUCUUGUAAUCUCACAUGCUCUCUAAUCAUAUUUGA